CGACGGGAGUUCUCGACCGAAAUCAUCAUUUCGGCUUCCCCGUGGAGGACCGCUUAUAACGUCUUUCACGCCCCCCAAACACUUUACCCUUUCUCUCUUCUUUUUCCCACGUUCUCCUCCCCCGCAAACUCCACUCUAUCAUUACUACUAUCAUUAUGCCAUCUUCACCACCGGAUUGGGUCAAGGCUUUGAAGCCGGCCGACCCGCAGGGCUCGCAGCUUCUGCAGCACGAGCGCGAUCAGUCCAAUGUCGCUGUGGACAAAUUGGCCGAAUUGCUGCACACCAAGGAGGCAUUGGUUCGUCAAGAGCACCUGCUGUCUAUCCUGCAGGCGGAGAAAGUUUUCGACAAGUCACAGAAUCACACGCAGGGCCGGACGGAGCGAAUCCAGCGGUCCCUAGCCAAAGCCAAGCGCCUGCAGCAGUUGUCGGUGGAACACAAAUGGUCGCAGGAGGAGCUACAUGCUGCCAAUGAAUUGCUUGGAGAGCCCACUCCUUAUGGAUUGCAUGCAUCUAUGUUUUUGGUCACCUUGCGGGAACAAGGUACCCCCGAGCAACACAAACUCUUCCUCGAGCCGGCACAGAACUAUCAAAUACUGGGAUGCUAUGCACAGACGGAAUUGGGCCACGGCUCGAAUGUGCGUGGACUGGAGACCACCGCCACCUGGAACCCCGAGGACAAGACCUUCACUAUCCACUCUCCCACCUUGACGGCUUCCAAGUGGUGGAUCGGAUCGCUGGGUCGCACUGCCAAUCACGCUGUGGUCAUGGCACAGCUGUUCAUUGGCGGCAAGAACUAUGGCCCCCAUCCAUUUGUGGUCCAGAUCCGUGACAUGAACACACAUCAACCCUUGGAGAACGUCUACGUGGGAGACAUUGGUCCCAAGUUCGGUUACAACACCAUGGACAAUGGUUUCCUCCUGUUCAACAAGGUCAAGAUCCCUCAUAUCAACAUGCUGGCCCGCUUCUCGCGCAUUAACAAGGACACCAACGAGUACAUGCGUCCUGCGUCGCCGUCUCUCAUCUAUGGCACUCUGACCUGGGUGCGCUCCAACAUUGUGCUACAGGCGGGUGGUGUCCUGGCACGUGGUGUGACCAUUGCCACUCGCUACUGCGCCGUACGCAGGCAGUUUCAGGACCGUGAUGCCACAGGCAAUGUGGGCGAGAACCAGGUGCUGAACUACAAGAUGGUGCAGGUCCGGCUGUUGCCCCUGCUGGCAUCUAUGUAUGCUCUGCACUUUACCGGUCGUGGAAUGAUGCGACUCUACCAGGAGAACCAGAACCGCAUGAAGGCAGCCGCCCAAGCCGCCCAGGAGAAGCGGGGUGCUGGACCGGAGGAAUUGCGGGCUGGUGCCGAUCUCUUGGCUGAUCUGCAUGCUACCUCGUGUGGUCUCAAGGCCCUGGCCAGUACGACGGCAGGUGAAGGUCUCGAAGUAUGCCGUCGUGCCUGUGGUGGACACGGUUACAGCAGCUACAGCGGCAUUGGACCGUGGUACUCGGACUACCUGCCCACGCUCACCUGGGAGGGUGACAACUACAUGUUGACACAGCAGGUGGCGAGAUACCUUCUCAAAUCUGCCCGUGCUGUCCUUGCCGGCAAGGGAACCAACAACGACACAUCCCGCAUUCUGCAGGCAUACCUCUCGCGCCGCGACAAGGGUGCCUCGUUCGACAUCCUCGGCAAUGACAGUGACAUUGUGGCUGCCUUUGCCUGGCGGACGGCUCACCUCACAUUCGAGGCGCUGAAGCACCGUGAUGCUGAGAAGCGGUCCUGGAACAGCCUGCUGGUCGACUUCUGGCGCCUGUCCACGGCUCACUCGCAGUACCUGGUGGUGAAGAACUUCUACGAGGCGGUGACGUCUCCCCAAGUUACGGGGGCAUUGGACCCCGAGACCACGGGCAUCCUGCACAAGCUGUUCCGUCUGUAUGCCCUGCACACGCUGGAGCGUGAGGCAUCCGAGUUCUUCUCGUCUAGCGCGGUGACAGUGCGACAGAUCGGCCUGACGCAGACCAAUGCGGUGAUGAAGCUGCUGGACGAGAUCCGCCCGCAUGCGGUGCGCCUGGUGGACUCGUGGAAGAUCCCCGACUGGCAGCUGGACAGCAGCCUGGGCAAGUACGAUGGUGAAGUGUACCCAGAUCUCUUCCGGCGGGCCAGCCAGGAGAACCCGGUCAAUGAUCUGGUGUUCGAUCCGUACCCGUGGAAUGCCGCGGUGCUGAAGAACGAGCGGCCAAGCAAGCUUUGAGUUUCUUUCUUGGAUUGGACGUUAUUAUUAUGUGCAUAAUGUGG